AUGAAGAAUACCUUACAAACAAAUUACAAAAAUAAAAAAUCAAAGAAGGAAAAAAGAGAAUUUAGUGAUACUGUCAUUGGUGAUAAGCUGGUUUUAAAAGAUCUCAAGGUUUUGUCUGAAACAAAUAAUUUCCUAGUGAGAGAGAUGAAGAACACUAACCAAAGAAAUGUCGAAUAUGAGAAACUAAAACGAGAUAUUCAAUUUUUUUUGAAUGUGACGAUAUUUCUAAAACGACUUCAGGCAAAAAAAGAAUUUAUUACACAGAAAGAAGAAAGAAAGCAAAAGCAAUAUUUGUUUGAUACUAUGAAAAACCUUCACAAAAUUUUUGAAACUGAAUAUUGCAAGGGCUGCGAGAAGGAUAGCACAUCGCCAUAUUCGGGACCAUUCCAACCCUUUGGACGUGCCUGCAGAGGUUUUUACCAAAUUAUACAGGCUCUCCAAAAAAAUUGCGCAUUUUUAGUGGAGUAUCUUCACCAGAAUUUAAAUGGACAAAGGCAGCACGGAAUUCCUGUGCAUAUCAAAGUUUUGGCUUCACUCCAUUUCUUUGGACAUGGCGGCUACCAAACAACGGUUGGGCCGGGGCAGUAUUUAGGUUUAAGUCAGUCAGCUGUAAGCAAAUGCUUACAAGAAGUUGCUGAUGCAAUUAUAACUGUUUUAUUGAACGGUAUGGUGCUAUUUCCUGAGACUGAACAGGAAAGGGCAGAAAAUAAACAGAGGUUUUUACAGAUAGCUGGGUUUCCUUCAGUCUUGGGUUUGAUAGACUGUAGUCAAAUCUCCAUUGUUCGCCCAAAAGACACAGCACUUGUGCCAGCGAGAUUAUUUUUUAAUCGCAAAGGCUUUUAUAGUCUUAAUUGCCAAUUUGUAUGUAAUGCAAAGAUGGAAAUUAUUCAUUUCAAUGCCACUUUUCCUGAAUCAACACAUGAUGCAGCGGUCUGGCAAGGAUCCAGUUUGAGCCAAUUAUUGGAAACCAAUUAUGUUAACGGAGUUUCAGCUGGUGAAUGGCUUCUAGGAGACUAUGGAUAUGCCCAACUGCCUUGGCUGAUGACCCCGUAUGCUGAUGCGGAUGAAAAUACACCUGAGGCUAGAUAUAAUUUAGCGCAUACCAAAACGAGGGUCCUUAUUUAA